ACAGAUUGUUCCAAGACUGUUAUAAAGCAGCAUUAUUUUGAUUGUACUGGUUGUCUCCCAGAUCCUAAUGACACAGACACAAGGUCCCAUGCACUCUACAUAACCAAAAUCUCUGUGAUCAGAUUCUAGUCCAGAGCUGUGUACAAAGGACUCUCCUCAGUCAAUUAAAGUAAGGCGUCUGCACCACGUACAGUAUUUGUACAGUAGUUGUACAGUGUACAAGAGAGAUCUCCCUGACUGAGGAAAUCAACAUAAAACCAGAGGAUGAAGAGGAAAUAGAUGUCUGCUGUCAAUGAUGUAUAGAGGAGUGUUACAGAAAUAUGUCACCUUGUCUGGUGUUAGUCAGUGUCAUCACAUAUCACGUGUGUCAUCAGACCGGGUCUGGAUCAGUGAUGAGAAAGGCAAUCUUAUACUGACAAACACUAAAGGAGAAGAACUAGAUCGUGUGACAGAUAUAGGUAGUGUUUAUGUUGUGGGAGGACACAGUGUGAACCGUGAGUGUGAUCUAAUCUACAUAGACAGGGAAUAUAACAUCAAUAAACUGUCUACAGAGAACAAAGAAAAGACUACCAUAAUAAAGUACAACACAUCACCAUGGAUACCACUGUGUGUCUACAGCUCCCCCUCCACUGGACACCUGCUGGUCGGGAUGUAUAUGUAUAGACGUGAUAGAAAGACAGGCAAGGUAGUGCGGUAUAACUCCACAGGAGAAAACAUCCAGACCAUACAACACCACAACAACACAGGUCAGGAACUGUAUGGAUAUCCUCUCUACAUCACAGAGAACCGCAAUGGAGAUGUUAUUGUGUCUGACUCUAUGCGUGGUGUAGUGGUGACAGAUCGUGACGGUAAUUACCGGUUCUCCUACACAGGUCCUCCAUCAAGAUCAGGACUAAUACCACGUGGAAUCUGUACUGACGCGCUGUCACACAUCCUGGUGUGUGAUUGGAUCACCGAGUCAGUACAGAUGUUAGAUAGUGAGGGUCACUAUCUGACAGAGAUACACACACCACAACACGGGAUAGACAGACCACAGGGCCUGAGUUAUGAUGAUGAAACACACCUACUGUGGGUAGGGUCAUACGACAACAACACAGUCAACCUAUACAGAGUGGUAGAUACAGACUCUCUGACUGGUCUCCCUCUGGAGGAUUUCAAAUGCAGGAAACAUCCAAGCCGUCCAUUAUCCCAGUUCUGUAUCCCGUGUGACGUCACCUUGUGUCAGGAGUGCAUCAGGACCUCUAGUGAUCAUAAAAAACAUGAUGUUCGAGAUGUAGAGAAAUUAUUCAGAGAAAUUCACAAGAGAAAAGGUUUGUUAUGAUGAAGAAUGUUUUUU